CCUAUCGCCUAGUCGGGCGCUUCUAUCACCUAUAGCAGCCUUUCUAUUGCGAGCGCGACCUUUCGAUUGCGAGUGACCCGCCAUCGCGAACAUGCUUCCCGUGGCCUUUCUAUUGCGAGCGGUGCCCUCCGAGAGCAAGUGUAGGCUGACCUGGUCCGCUGCUCAGGAUGGUGCACUAGCGGCUCCUCUUCAGUUGCGCCUAUUGACAAUGGAUCGUCCACGCCUCGGACUACGACGACCAUGACCUAUCCACGCCCUGCGAUGACCUAUGGACAGACUGCGAUGGCCUAUUCAUGCCCCCGAGGGCCCAUGCAAGCCUCCGAAGGGCUGUCCGUGUCUCCGAGACGCGCAUCCCUCUGAAUAGCACCGUCGCUGCUCCUCCCGGAUCGCAAGCCCAGCCCUCGCAACUGCGCGAUCCUCAUCGCCAGUCGCGACCUGUCCUCACCGACAAUAAACUUGCUCUGACCGCAGCUCCGUGUACUCACCGCCAGGCCUCCCUGCAUCUUGAUAACGAUAUGAACGCGAUCUUACACGCUAUACGCCCCGAUAUCUUACACGCGCGCAUGCGACCUCACGAUCCUCGUGUCCGAGGCGUGUUCGAGAGAUAUCAUCACAGGGCGCGUCAGCCUCGAGGCAUCGCGCGAGCUCACGAUCCUCGAGGCGAAUGCGACUGAUCUCAUGCGAUCACCCAAGCAACCUAUUCGUCCUCUGCCAGCGCUCAA